AGUAUGAAAGAAGUACACACAACAGAAAAACAAGUGUACUACAUGAGAGACAACUCUGAUGGAAAUGGACAUUCUGACCAGUACCAGGACUUCAUACAAAGAGAAUUGAAUGAGUUGCACGGGAUUCAGGAAGCUGAGAAACAAAUUCUGUUGGAUCUAAAGGAAAAAUCAAUGUUUGAGAAAUCACACAAUCUAGAUGCUGAAUUAGCUGCAAUACAGACACUGAAAAGAGAAUUAGAAGCUGGAAUUCAGAGGAAUAAUAAACUACAGCAGCAAUUGGAACAACAGAAAUCCAGGUCACCCAGGAAAGGAUCCAAGGAUAGUUCACAGGAUGACCAUUUUGACAUGGAAAGAAGAUUCAGUGACCAGUCCAGUGAUACUGCUAAUACUUCUGACUCCAGAUGGUCAAGUGACACCACUCCACGUAAUCAAGAUAUUGAAGUUCCACAACAUUCCUACUCUUGGCCAUUGGAAAACAAAAGUCAGAAGAGGAAUUCUAAAAUUCUGCAAAUACAAAAGCCUGCACCAAUGAGAACUAACUCUUCUGAUAGAAAUAGUCAAGAUAUUCUCAAAAGUCUUUUGAUGGAAGCUAGAGGCAGAUUUCAAGCCCUAGAGGGCAAACUAAAAGCUACUGAGGGCACUGUUAGACUAGCUAGAGGCAGAUUGCAAGCCCUAAAGGGCACACUAGAAGCUACUGAGGGCACUGUUAGACUUCAGACCAAAAAGAUGAAAUAUUAUCGUAACUUAUUAGAAGAAAAUGGACUAGUAUUUAAGAGUCCUCUAGGAAGUCGCUCAAACAGUGAAUCAAACAUUGUCAUGGCUCUUGGAGGUAGAAACUUGUGUAAGAAUAACCGGACUCUUUCUUAUGAUAACAUUCCUGAAUUACUGGUGGACUCACAGACAGAAUCUUCAGAGUCUGAUUUCUCAGAAAAAUACAAAAGUUACGGAAAUACAAAUAAUGUUUCUGAGUUGAAGGACCAGGUCAGACAAUUGAAGAUAGCCAUGGAUAAAUAUAAAGCUGUAAUAAAAUCACAUAUGUCACAGAUGCCAAAAUUGUGGGAAGACAUUAACGUUGAUGUUAUUCGCUCACAGACAGUUGACCAGACGGGACCAUGUGCCAAUCACAGACCUGCAGAUGAAAAAAAAACUACAGUGUUACAACCUGGUAGUAGAUACUCAGUGGUCAGUCCAGCAGCUUGCCUAGAACCAGAGAGAGAAUAUAAGAUAAGAAUUAAAUUCAAUAGUUACAAAACUAACCAGGCUACACCUGAUGCAACUACACUGAUCGAUUCUAUUGUUUUGACUCCAAACAUAGAUAGUAUUCCAAUAUUUCAUGGUAUUGGUUAUCCAGAAUACAUGAAAAAUGAAUUUAUUCGUUACCGAUGUCGUGAAUCUCAAUUGUCAGUCUACCAGCCAGAACUCCAGGACUUCUGUAGACAGCUCACUUUCAGUAUUUCUUCUAUUAUUCACCAGAAAGCUCUUGGUAGUAGAUACUCAGUGGUCAGUCCAGCAGCUUGCCUAGAACCAGAGAGAGAAUAUAAGAUAAGAAUUAAAUUCAAUAGUUACAAAACUAACCAGGCUACACCUGAUGCAACUACACUGAUCGAUUCUAUUGUUUUGACUCCAAACAUAGAUAGUAUUCCAAUAUUUCAUGGUAUUGGUUAUCCAGAAUACAUGAAAAAUGAAUUUAUUCGUUACCGAUGUCGUGAAUCUCAAUUGUCAGUCUACCAGCCAGAACUCCAGGACUUCUGUAGACAGCUUACUUUCAGUAUUUCUUCCAUUAUUCACCAGAAAGCUCUUGAGUGUCAAUGUGAUCCAAUGGGAUCUUUAUUAAGUAGUGAAUGUGAAUAUGCUGGUGGUCAGUGUAGAUGUAAACUUAAUGUUGUUGGUCACAGAUGUAACAAGUGUGCUCCUGGUACAUAUUAUUUUGGACCAGAUGGAUGCAAACCUUGCAACUGUCAUGAAUAUGGUGCUGUAGAUACAUUCUGUGAUGCCAGGACUGGACAGUGUAAUUGUAUAAGUUAUGUUGGAAACAAGAUAUGUGACCAAUGUCAGGCUGGAUAUUGGGGAUUCCCUCGCUGUACACCAGGCAAAUGUAAUGGGAAUGCAGAUACGUGUGAUGAUUUAACUGGCCGAUGUGAUAAUUGUAAUGACUUCACUGCUGGUGACCAGUGUGAUAAGUGUUUGGAUGGAUACUAUGGUGAUCCUCGUAUAAAUUACCGCAUACCCUGCAUACCUUGUUUAUGUCCUGGAGGACCAACUAGUGAUGUACAGCAUGCUGAUUCCUGUUAUGAAGAUCCAAGACAGCAGUCAGUAGUCUGUAACUAUUAUCCAGGUUUCAAAGGACCAAACAGUGAUACUUGUACAGACAACUUCUUUGGAAAUCCAAAGGAUGUGAAUGGUACAUGUGAACCGUGUAUCUGUAAUAAUAAUAUAGAUCCAAACAUUGGUGGAAGUUGUGACACCUCAUCAGGGGAAUGUCUCAAGUGCAUGUUUAAUACUGAAGGAUUCAACUGUGAGCAGUGUAGUCCUGGUUACUAUGGUGAUGCAACAACCCAGAAUUGUAAACAAUGUAUUUGUGAUCCCUAUGGAACAGACCCAACUGGUGGAGACUGUGAUAGAGUCACAGGACAAUGUCCCUGUCUUCCAAAUGUUAUUGGACAACAAUGUGGCUCCUGUGCUGCUGGUUUCUGGAAUAUAACAAGUCAAAUGGGUUGCUCUUCAUGUGGCUGUGAUAUGCCUGGAUCUACUAGAGAAGAAUGCAAUCAGUUUGAUGGUCAAUUUAAUUGUGUACAUGGAAGAGGAGGAAGAGAUUGUGCCUCUUGUGAAGAUAAUUACUUGGGAGAUCCUACUGUGCAGUGUUAUCCAUGUGACUGUAACUACCAAGGCUCUGCUCAGACUCGGUGUGACAGGAGGUCAGGUCAAUGUGUAUGUCUGACAGGAAUCAGUGGUUACAAAUGUGAUCGUUGUGAUAGAGGCACCAUAGGAGUACUCCCCAACUGUAAGCCUUGUGGAGAUUGUUUCAACAACUGGGACAGAGUGAUCAGAGACUUGUCGGCCCAAACAACAGACUUGAUCAAAAGUGCAGUAGACAUUAAAGCAACAGGUGUAGAAAGUGCCUUUAAUAAAGAAUUUCAGCAAAUGGAGGAAAAUUUGGAUGAAAUAAGACAGAUUGUUAGAAAUGCCAACAUUUCUUCAGAAGAUAUCAGAAAUUUAGAUAGUCUGCUAAAAUCUCUCAGGCAGCUUUUAUCAGAUGAGUUUAGAAGAUUGAAUAAUACAGAAAGUCAGUUCAAUGCAAGAAUGGAUGAUAUAAGAAAAGGAAAUAAUGAUAUUUUAUCACUCAAACAAAGAGUGGAGGAAUUAAAAAAAAAGGCUGAUGAUUUGAGAAGAAAUGCAACAGACAUUCAGGCCAGAGAUGUAGAAGGUGCCUUCAACAUAACAAAGGAGGCACAGCAAAAGUCGAGAAUGGCCCAAUCUAAAGUUGAUGGAACCCAGGGAAUGCUGAAUGAGUCUAUGAAAACAAGAGCUGAAGUGGAAAAAAUGCUGGAAGAAAAACGUAAUGCAUUUAAUCAGAAAAUACAGGAAAACGAAGCUGAAUUAAAUGAAAUGGAUGACAAAGUUUCAAGUCUUGGUAGUAGAAUAGCUGAUCUAAAUGAAAUGGUUUGUGAUGGAAGAGGAGAUCCUUGUGAUAGUGUCUGUGGAGGUGGGGGAUGUGGCAAGUGUGGAGGAAUCAGUUGUGAUGGAGGGGCUCUUACCAAAGCUGACAAUGCCAUUGAUCGGGCCAACCAAGCUAAACUGUUAUUAGACAUUAAAGAAGUAGAUGCCAAUACAAUGCUUACAGAGAUACAGCAAGCACAACAAGAAGCAGAAGAAGCUAAAGAUCAAGCCCAGAUGGCUUACAAUAAAGCUAUGAAAGCUAAAAAUCAAACUGAAAGAGCUAAACUCAUGUUGCAGAAUGUUCUUUCUGAUGUACAAGACUUCUUGGGAUUAGGUAGAGCAACACCAGAUGAUGUUAAAGAGAUAACUGAAGAGGUACUUGGUAUGAGUAUAUCACUGACUCCAGACCAAAUCAUUGAGUUGGCACAGAAAAUAAAUGAAACCAUUUGGGGUUUACAGAAUAUUGAUUCCAUUCUCAAUGCCACAAGAGAUGAUUUAGAUAAAGCACAGAAGCUGAAGGAGAGGGCAGAAAAUGCAAAGGGUGAUGCAAAUACUAUCCUAGGAAAAGCCCAGGAUGUUCUUGACAACUUGAAGGGAGCUGUAUCUGCCCAGGAGUUAGCUACAGUUGCCAUUAAUAAGGCUGACGCAGACAUAACCAAUGCUGAAGCAGACCUCACACAGUGGAGAGAGUUGGAGGCUGAAUUAGAAGAUCAGAGAGCUAAUGCUCUCAACAGCAGAAAGAAAUUAGAAAAUGACAUUAAGGAUCUUCGACAACAAGCAGAGCUAGCUGUUUUUGUAAAGGAAGAUGCUGUAAUUCAGCUUAAACAUGUACAGGCUCAGAUGAAUGACAAUCAAACAGAACUUGAUGAAAAGCAAGCCUCCAUGAAGGAUAUAGAAAGAAAACUUGAGAAUUAUAAAGGUGAUGUACUGAAAUUACAAGAAGUUUUGGCUGCUUCUGACAGACAGAGAAGAAAUGCUGAAGCUGAAAGAGAUGAGCUAUAUAUAUUUACACUGUUUACAAGUUUGAGUUUUGGUGGGGUUAUUUUAGCAUGCUUAAAUGAAAAACAAUGCAAAAUUUUGUAG